AUGCGCUGGCUACCCGUUCUGCUGUCUUUGGCCCUGCCCUUUGGGUCGUUCGCCGCCAAGAAAUCAGCCUCCUCCGUCGACCGAUUCGAGGAAUUCCACACAAAGGCUGUGGCCGCUGCCACACCCAUCAAACUCGAUGACAAGGCCUACAAGAAGCUCACCACCGCGCCCCGCGACUACACUGCCGCCGUGCUGUUGACAGCCAUGGAUAACCGCUUUGGCUGCCAGCUCUGCCGCGAGUUCCAGCCAGAGUGGGAGCUCCUCGGCAAGAGUUGGACCAAGGGUGACAAGAAGGGAGAGUCACGCUUGAUCUUCGGUACCUUGGACUUUGCCGAUGGAAGAGACACCUUUGUUUCGCUUGGUUUGCAAACCGCUCCCGUACUUUUACUCUUCCAGCCUACCACUGGACCUCAUGCUGUCUCGACCGUCGAACCCCUUCGUUACGAUUUUACCAAUGGACCCCAAGUUGCAGAGCAAGUCCACAGCUGGAUCGCCCGCCAGAUGCCCGACAGACCUCAGCCAGCCGUCAAGCGUCCCAUCAACUACAUCCUGUGGAUAACCAGUACUGUCUCGUUGCUCGGGGCAGUGGCUGUUGGCUUCAAGGUCUGGCCAUACGUUUUGCCUGUUGUCCAGAACCGUAACGUUUGGGCCACGCUUACCAUCAUCAUGAUUCUGGCCUGCACUGGAGGUCACAUGUUCAACCAGAUCCGCAGGGUUCCUUAUGUUUCUGGAGAUGGAAAGGGUAACAUCAACUACUUCACCGGCGGCUUCCAGAACCAGCUGGGCAUCGAGACUCAGAUCGUUGGCUUCAUCUAUGGUGCACUGUCGUUUAUGGUUAUUGCCCUUAUUCUCAGAGCCCCAAGACAAGCCGACAAGAACUUCCAGCAGGGCCUCGUCAUUGCUCUGAGUGCAGGUGUCUUCCUCCUCUAUGGUGGACUCCUGGCCAUUUUCCGCAUCAAGAAUGGUGGCUACCCCUUCGCCCUUCCCCCGUUCUAA